AUUCAGACCAAAGACUCGCGAUGCUACUGCUCGAAAGGCCAGAAGAUGCAAGACACCGACCAGACGUCAGGUCGGUAAGGCAAUGGAUGGUCGGACAGGCGAAGAAAAACGCUUCACGUGUGGGUAUCAAUCUGAAGCAAGAUCGAGCCGGGCGCUUGCGCGAAUGUGCCUGCUCAACGACGACAACGACGACGACGACGCCCACCCUGGCCUCGCUCUUCAAGCAGCCUUCGCCGCGGUCACCAGCGCCGCCCCCCUCGUCCUUUCCAUCCGCUUUCCAGCCAGUCGCCUCUCACGAUCCCCAUGUCCCAUCCCGGCGCACCUCUCGGACCGACUUAGACUUCGAGCACGCCCUUCGCACUGGCGGCACGGUGCUACUCAGGGAAAGUUUUGACCUCGAUAAUCUAGGCGCAGACAGUUCUUCCACGUCGAGCUUCCUACCCCCCUCGUCACCCUCACCUCGGAAGUCGUUCACUGGCCUCUUGCCUGCCACUCCAACCGUUAUUCCGCCCACGCCAAUCCCGCGUGCAGGACCUUCUACGUCUUCUUCCGCGCAGUCACCUGCAUCUAUUCUUCCGUUAUUCUCGAGCGGUGAGAUGCUCUCGGACUCUCCCGGCAGCGAUUAUGAGACGCGGCGACGUUCCCUGUACCGUUCGCCUGGCACCGCUAGCAGUCCCGAUCUCGCUACGCUACUGCGGAAAGCGAAGGAACGCAAUGCGGCUGCGAAUAAGGAUGCGUCCAAGGCACAUGAAUCGUCAAGUCCACAGCACAGAGCUUUCAGCCGUCAGCGAUCGACCAUUUCUACUACGCCUUCAUUGUCCUCUUCUCCGGAGAUCACGCCAGCAACCAGAAACAGAUCUUUGAAGCCGAGCCAAGUACUUGGGGUGAACGUAGACCAAGUCUCGAGCCCUGACUGGGCGUGGACGAGCCCGCGAUCAGCGGUUCCUCCAAAGAGCGGCAAGUCCUCCGUAAGGCAGAAGACGUCCGCCUUCCUCGGAAGGAUGCUCGGAUCGCCUAAUACCAGGGAGAGAUCUCGCACAAUCAACUCGUCACCAUCAACUACCUCCGUGGCUUCUUAUCCGUCCACGCCGCUCAUGGACGCUUUCACGCCACCUGUGCCCCCCAUUCCGCCCAAGUACGUCUCACCACGUCCCGACCCCGUUGACCUCUUCAGCGAUACCAGCUCGGGCGACGUCCACAAGGUGCUGGCAACUGCGCCCAGCAGCAGCAACAGUCGUUCAUCCGAUCUUAGUGAUCAGAGUCUGGUGCUCGUAGAGGUGGGAGUUUUGCAAAAUAGGUCUCGCUCACCGUCACCGACAACGACUCUACGGCAGCGCCCGUCCGACGCCGGUGCAUCCGCUAGGCAUAUCCGGGCAGCGAGCCGGAGCAAACGGCGAAGCAUGAGUGUCAGCGACGCAGAUCUGAAGAAGCUAAUGGGUAUGGGAGCUCCUAUGGGACACCUGUCAGGCGAAGGGCACAGAACGGAUGCACUAGGUUUGGGCCUCGACACGGCCCUCAACGGAAUCAUGACAGACUUCAGAGGGGAGUUGUCACAAUUAGACCCGAUAUCGGCAGCUCCGCUCGACUUGCAGUAUCUAUCGACCUCCGCCAGAAGACCCCAGCUCGCUACGCUUCGAGCUCGUAGCGAUGGCGUUGCGGCUCGAUCGCAACCCGUUGACAACUCAAGGCCGUUGUCAAAGCAUGCUUCCUCGUCACCAGCAGAUAUACCCGCGCCCACGCCGACUGUUACUCUCCAACCUGCAGAAUCAUCUGUAUGCUCGAGCUCGGCAUUGUCAUCACCUGAUACCCCAUCACCAAUUGAUUCCUUUCCUCCUCGCUCGUCCUCCUCUCAGGGAUACUCCCAAAUGACGCUUCGCUCUCGCUCUGGCUCGAGUUCGAUGGUGCCUCCCCGAACAGCUUCCCUGAAGUAUGCACCACGUUCUCCAUCCGUGCGCAAAGGGAGCUCGCAUUCACAUACACACUCGCGGUCGCGUGAUGCGGACCGGUUGCGAGUACAUCACCGAUCGACUGCAUCCACUUCGGAGCCUUCAUUAGUACCGGAGAGCUACAGAGAUGAGCUUGGCCGAGUCCGUUCUGCGCCGAGAAUAGCGGCAAGCUCGCAACAGGAUCUCACAACAAGCGAUCUGCUGGCGGUGAGGUACAACCUUACCCCGCGAGAACGGCAGAGUCCGAUGAGAGGCGAAGAAACCGCUGAGCUGGACAGCAGAGGGAAGGAGUUGGCAGCACGGUGCUGGGCGGAGGACGAGGAGUUCUUGGCGAAGGACAAGAUUGCCGAGUGGCUCGGUGGACAGAGCCUCAUCAACAAGACUGCCUUACGUCACUACAUGGACAACUUCGACUUCUCCGAUAUGCGCCUCGACCAUGCGUUCAGACGGCUCUGCGGCAAAUUGUACCUUAAGGCUGAGACUCAACAAGUGGAUCGUAUCCUCGAAGAGUUCGCGCGGCGUUACUUUCAAUGCAAUCCCACGUCAAUUCUCGGCAGUGCCGGCGUCGUUCACGCUGUCACAUACUCCUUACUGCUUUUGAAUACAGACUUGCAUGUGGCGGAUCUGGCUCAGCGAAUGUCCCGUGGGCAGUUUGUCCGUAAUACUCUCGCCACAAUUAUGCAGCCGGAUAACUCGAACAGCGAUCUGUCAUAUGAUGACUGGACGAGCUUCCGGGCUGGCUCGGAGAGCGACAUUGGCGGAGCGACGGUGCGGGGACGCGCCAAGCGAAGUGACAGCAUCAUCAGCUGGAACAGUGUCACCACCCGAGACGGAGGCGUCGUGGCUUCCCCUACGGCGGACCACCCUCCACGUCGACCCAGUUCCGUGUCAGAUGGCGUUACACAGCACCAUGGGAAUGGCAGUGCAGUAUCGGUCGCUUUUUCGGCACGACAAGAGUCAAAAGCGCCAGAACGUGAUGCCCCUCCUUCAGCGGUUGUCCAUGGUCGCAACUGGGAGAAUGAGAUCGAGAGUCUGCUUAAGGAUAUGUACAAUGCUGUGAAGAGCCAGCAGAUCUUGCAGCCCAUCAACAGCACUUUCAUGGCGAGGUCAUCCACGUCAUCAUUGACUCCACAUGGUCCUUUGCUGCGCCAGCGAAGUUUGCGUGGACCUCCUGAUCGUCUGGCAAACCUGAAGCGAGGCAGUAUACGUGGUCUGCAGUCGAUCCUCCACACGCAAAGCGGCGUCAGCCCUUAUAGCAGCAACAGUAGCAUCGAUGGGCGGGCCAGUCCGGCGCCGAGUUUCGCAAAUUCCGUUGACAACGUCCAUGCCUCAUCGACAACGCUGAUUACGCCUGCCAUUGGCUUCGCAUCCAAUCUUUCGCAUACCAUCAUACGGGAAGCCCAAGAAGACGAUCAUAGCUUCAAGAGCAAUGGUUCUAGCACGGACAUCAGUAUCACUGACGAAGAGCUGGCGCUCCUGGGUGCUCCAUGGGCAAAGGAAGGAAUGCUCUGUCGGAAGCAAUACUGGGAGUCGACAGGAAAGCGGGCCAAGUCAAAGGCAUGGAUGGAUGUGUUCGUUGUCAUUCAGAAGGGAGAGCUUAGUAUGUUCGUCUUCGGCGAACACGCUCAUGGCCAGUCCACUGUUGUAGGUGGCGGUAACUGGCAUGAGAACGCACAGUCGGUUGGAAAGAUCAUACUCGCGCAUUCGCUGGCACAUGGUCUGCCGCCUCCUGGGUACAACCGGCAGCGACCACAUUGCAUGGUAUUGACGCUGUCGAACGGGGCCGUUUACUUCUUCCAGGCAGGGACUGAGGAGCUUGUCAACGAAUGGGUGGCAACUUGCAACUAUUGGGCUGCACGACAAAGCAAGGAACCACUCGCUGGUGGUGUUUCCAACAUGGAGUACGGCUGGAACCGUGUGCUGGAUCCUAUAACGCGUGUCCGAUCCAUCUCAGAGGACAACUAUUCUACGCAUGAAGCGGAAACUGAGGACGGCGUCAGCAUUAGGAGCGGACGUAGUCGGCUCAGGGAGUUUGCUGCUACUGUACGAGCGGAGAAGUCUCCAUGGGUUGACAGGACGUUCAUCAAUGACUGGAAGCCGCCCAUGCCUCCCACAGUGCCGAGUACCCAUGAUGAGGAAACGCAGAUGGAGGCUUUGCAGAAGCAUGUGGGGUCGCUAAAGGCCGAGCUCAAGCAACAUAACGAGCUGCGGGAACCCAUGAAUAACCUGUAUCAGCCCCGCUCAUCGAAUGCUGCAAAGGCGAUGAGCAACUGGGAGAAGAAAUCUCAAUAUCUGCUGGCAGAGAUCAUCAAGUACGACUCGUACAUAGAGUCGCUACAGGCUGCGAUGUCGCUCCGGUUGAAGAGACGAGGAGAAAAGGCUUUGGAGCGGGCCCUGGUGGUCUCGAGUCCAACCGAGGAGGAGUUCUCAGACACGGCUAUAAAGUCUAAGUGGAGGGGGCAGCCUGAUCAGGACACCAUCGAGGAGGGAGAGGAGCCCCCUGCGAGCGCAGGUGUCCUGUCGAUGCCGACGCAUCGGAGAGAGAUGGCGCAAAUAGGCGACGAUGACGAUACUUGAUGACUGCCAUGCUCUCGUACGUGUACCUGGUAUUUAGUUACUGUACUCACGAUCUUUAUGAUGCUAGUAAUGGAAUAUCUGGAGGAUUUCAAUCAUAGCCUUUGUAGGUGAAAAGUACACCGUGUUUAGUGUAAUAGUGUAGAUGGAAGAGUCCCUCUCUUCCACGAAUUGUUUUCUGGGGAGGAUACAAACAAAUCUAUCCAGGGC